AUUUUUAGAGUAUGUAUAUAUUUAAAUAUAUAAAAAUAUAUUGUGCAAAUGUUCAAACAUUGACAUAGAGAGAGAGAGAGAGAAAAAAAGAUAGUGAAACAAUAUAUUUAGUCAUAGAAAUAUAUAGUAUCUAAUAUCUAAACCUAAGAUAAUUCAGUGUUAUUUUUUUUAAUAAAUAAAUAUUCAACAAUGAAUAAGAUUUAUAAUAUUAUUGCAAGACGAUCGAUCUUUCAAACCACUCGUUUGCUUUAUUCUGGUCAUUAUCAAAUAAGACUUUAUUAUCAUGUCAAUCGUGAUAUUUGGAUGAAUAAUAUUAUACAGGAUGGUCUUAAUUUAUCUAUAAUAAAAAGAUUUAAACACAAAAGGAAAGAUUCGGUAAAGAAAGUACAAGAGGAUGAUUUUGAAUCUGAUGAGGAAGAUGAAUCAGAUACUGAAUUAGACGAAUCACAGAAUAAAAGUAUAAUAACAAAUAUUAAAGUUAAUUCUUUACGUGUAGAUUCUAUAAUUAAAAAUGCAAUUGGUACAUCACGCAAAAAUAUAGAGACUGCAUUUUAUGAGAGUAAAAUUCGUAUUAAUGAGAAAAAAGUGCUGAAAAUGUCUACAGAGGUUAAACUUAACGAUGAAAUUGAUGUUAUCCGUGAUCGACCUAACAAAAAUAUAAAUCAGCUUAUAAUUUCACGAAUUAAAAUUUUAUCAAUUACUCCAAUAUCGGGUGCUCUUAGGAUUAAAAUAUCUAAAGAUAAAAAUUUAUUAAUCGAUGAUUAUACACAAUCGUAGAAAAGUUAAAUUGGCCUUAAUCAAUUGAAAAUUUAUAUCCCUUUUGAUGAUAAAUCUUUCAAAUCAUCGAUAAUAUCUUGAAUAUUUGAAAAAGAUUGGAUACGAUCGAAAACAUAUUUUUUAUCAACAAUAUCUAAAUAUGGUAAGAAUGCAAUUGCUAAAUGUGGCUGUUGACAUUGAAAACAAUAAUUUAAAAUAUCAUUAAAUUUUAAUUCGUAUGUAAUAGGACACGAAUAUAAAAGACAGAAGGCCAUUAUACAAGUAUCUAUUUGUUCCAAUGAUGGUGUUAUAUCCAUUUUACUAAAUGGUUCUGCUAUAACAACUUGCCAAGCUAAUUUAUAUCCUUUGCAUGUUGUAACAAUGCUCAUAUUACGUAUCCGUGGUAAAAUUUCCAUUAAUUCGUUUAUCUUAACAGAGACGACAUUUUUGAUAAAAAAAAAAAAAAAAAUAUUAUUGUAAAAUUAAAUAAUAUAAUAAUUUUAUGUGAUAUUUCUUACCAUAAGUAAUGUAGCCAUUUGUGUCAGGCAUUUGUCCCAAAUGUUAUAAUCAUUUAUAUCGUAAUCCGUACAAAUUUCAAUAAUUAAAAUUAAAGCUUGUCGUGAAUAAUAUUGAGUAUUAAAUAACAUUUGUACAAGUUCAUUUUUAGAACUUGUUUCAAAUGUAAUUAUAUUAUAUCCUAAUCCUAAAGCUUCCAAUUUGCUUAAAUAUUUUAAAGUUUUUGUAUAUUGCCUGUAAAUAUAUGAAAUUGUUAGAUUAUAAUAUGUUGAAAAAAUAUAAACAUUAAAAUUAUAUGUGUACAAUUAACUUAUACCUAACAGUAAUUAUUUCUCGUUUAAUUAACUGCUGUAAAGUUAUUGGAUCUAUAAUAGAUUGCAGAACGUCUAAUGCUCUAUAUCGCAUUUCAUAGCUAUAAUCGUUUUCAUUGCUUUCACCAAAACCUAUGUCUAUUAAAAGAUGUACUGAUAAAUUUACAUCUCCAUGUUGAAGCAUAUAACAAGCUCUGUAAAAAAGAAGAUUUGUCAUAUAAUUCAAUAUAAUUUAUUAUUGAGAUAAAUAAUAUUAAUUUAAUAUAUUACCUGCAUAAAUUAUUAUCAGAAACUGUACUGAUGUCUGAACGUGUCAAAUUAGAAAGUACAUCUGUAAAACUUUGAUCAAAUUUAAUCUGUUCAGAAUCUGUAUGUAACCAUUCUUGAAGUAAUUGAAAACGCAAUUUAACUAAAUUCAAAUUAAAGAGAUGACCUAAAGCAUCAACUGCCGAAUUAAUAUCAGGUCUAAGAUCAAUGGCGCUUCUAUAUCUUAAUGGUAUACUAUCAUCCAUAUAUAAUGUUUUAAUUAAUUCAGAUGGAUAUGAAAUCAAUGAAAUAUAAGUAUCUUUUCCCAAACCAUGUGUUCGCAAAAUAUGUUCAGCUGUAAAUCUUAAAUAUUUAAAUCGUAUUUUCUGCAAUAAAAAGAAAUAUACCAUUGAUAAUAUUUUUACAAAUAUAUUUAUGAUUUUUAUCGAAGACAAAAAGAAACAAAAAAAAAAAAAAAAGAUUACUAACUUCUAACAAAUCUUCUUCGAAGUUUGUAGAUUGUUGAACUGCUGUUUCCGCAUAUGUAAAACAUUGUUGUAUUGCGGCAACUCGAUCUGCACCUAUUAAAUGUAAUUUUAAAGAAUUUAAAUGUUAAUUCAAGAUUCAAAUGUUAAUUUAAAAAUAACAUUUAUAUAUAUAAACGUUAUAAAUAAUUAUAAAUAAUUAUAAAUAUAAAGUUAUGUUGGAUAUACCAGGUGGUGUAUAAUUUACAACAUAGUAUAGUGCAGCAGUUGCAUAAUAUAAUGCAUUUGGUCCCAUUCGUUCUAUACACUUCAAUACAUUUUCAAGGAAGAUAUUGUUUUUAGGAUGAAGUGACCAUUCUGUAAUUCUUUUGCUAUUCAAUGGUCCCCAUUCUUGUAUAACUUCCUCCUUUAUAGCUACAGAACAUAUUAUAUGUGGUUCUAAUUUGAUAAUAGAUGCAAUGGUUAACCAUUUUUCAUAAGUUUUCAAAUUUAAUUCAGAUGCUAUAACAAAAAAGGAAAAACAUUAUUAAAAAAGUAAUAGAAUUAUAAUAAUUUAUAUAAUUUAUAAAUUUAUUAUUGUACGUAAUAUUACACGCAUACUUAUGAGUUUCCAGAUGUCAAUUUUUGGUAAAAAAGGAAUUCUAUAUUCUGCAAUAGCAGGUAAUGAUUUAUAUUCUGGAUUGAGACGCAUCCAUUCUUCUUGUUCUAUUAAUGUAGGUUGUCUAGAAAAAUAAAAUUACAUAUAAUUUUUCAAUGUGUUCAGAAUUCAACAAUUUAUCAUUUUCUAAGUUUUGUAUUUAAAUUAUUUACCCAUAUCGCGUAUAAUUUUGCAAAAAACAAAAAUAAUUUCUUGUUUCACUUGUUCCUAUUCCUAUCAGAUCCAUUAAAAUAAUAAAUGCUUCGUAAUGAUAGAAAUUAAUCUGCAUUACAAAAAAAUAAAUAUAAGACACUUUGGAUAUAUAUAUAUAUAUAUGUUUAUAUAUAAAUUUUAAUAGUAGACACUUACUUCUGACAACAUAUUUCGAGCACAUUGCUUUAAUGUACUCUUGUCUACAAUUUUUUUGGUCACAACAGUACAUUUUGUUCUUAAUUUGUUUAUCUCGUCUUGGUCAAUUUGCAAUUCUGAUUGAUAUACAAAAAGAAAAAAAAAUGAAUGUAACAUUUAGAAUAAAAUAUUUAAUUUAAAAAUAAAUAAUAUAAAUAUAAAUAUACACAAACAUAUUUUAAUACUUACCUUUCUUCCCAUUACAAAAAGAAAUUGUAAAUGUAGGAUUCCAAGUAUUUAAUAAUACUUGUAAAUAAAGUAUCAAGCAAUCGUCUAUAUCAAAUCCAAAACAUUCACAGAAAUCUUGUAGCAAUGGAAUAAUCUUGUUAUUAUUAUAAUUCAUUAAACGUGUUAAUAUUUGUCUUUUCUCUGUAUUAUCACUGAUAAAAAUCUCUGUAAAUAAAUAAAGAUAUUUUCAUAUAAAUAGAAUAAUUCCUUAUAUAUAUUUUAUUUAAUAUUAAUAAUAAGAAUAUACAAACCUUUGUACGUUAUUGAAUAAGCGGACAAUCUCUGUGCCCAAUAAUGUAACAUUUUAUACCAUUUAAAUGAUUCCAGGAGUGAUUGAUUUCUUUGUAAGUAAAAAUAUUCGUAACCUAAUAUUGAAAUCGUAGCAUGUCUUGAGUAAUCUGCUUGUAAUCUGUAAUCAUAAAGUUGACGUAUUAUAUUAUUUAGAAAUAUUUUUUAUAUGAUUAUUAUACUUACGAUUUAGAUGUUAUAGAAAGCCAUUUAGAUGCUUCUUGAUCGGAUAACAUAAAAAGACAGGAUAAACCAAGUUGUAAAUCAAAUUUUGGAGCAUUAAUCACUCUUUUCAAUAACCUUUUUAUAAUGUGUGAUAACAAUGAUUGUAUUUCAUUUAAUAUAUUUUGUUCCUUCGUUAAUGAAAAACAAAAACUGAAGUAUAAUGUUUUAACAAUUUUAAAUACUGCAUACUCAUUAUGUACAAGGCUAAUUUCAUUUAUUUUCUUAAGUAGAUUAUUCA